UGGCAGUGAGGGACAUGGAAUUAAUCAGCAAUCAAGCGGCAUCAUGUCGGUAAAGUAAUCUCAGCUGCCACAGAUAUUUCUCCCCGGGUUUACGUCAGGGAAAGUUCAACAUUGUGUUCAACUGCGGGCCGAAAAUGUCUCCAGCAGAAAUGAUAUGCCACUUCUUUCUUUUAGUUUUUGUCAGUCUUUUUGUGUCUCAGUGCCACGGCGGCUGUGCGGAGGUGGACUCCCUGACUGAAGCCGUGGCAGGAGGGGGAUUCCUGCUCGGCUGCAUCUCCUGUAAAAGAAGAGAGGAGGUCCCUGCCCAAGCUUCCGUAGACUGGCACUUCAAACCAGUGGGGGAGGAGGAGUUCAGGCAUAUUUUCCACUAUGACCACCCCAGUGCUGACAUCCUGCAUGAAGAUUUCAGCGACCGUCUGGAGUGGUAUGGGACGCAAAACAGCGAUAUUCAGACAGGAGCCAUUUUCAUUCACAAUGUCACCUUCAAUGACACGGGGACGUACCGAUGCAGCUUUCACCGCACCAUCUUCCUGCCAUUGUCUAAUGAGCACAUCACUGUGGAGAAGGAGGUGGAGCUCAGCGUGGUGGCUGCAGCCAAUCGGGAGCUGACAGGAGUGAUCUCAGAGAUAAUGAUGUAUGUGCUGAUCGUGGUUCUGCAGCUGUGGCUCAUUGUGGUUCUGGUCUACUGUUACAAGAAGAUUUCGGAUGAGCACGAGGCUCGCGAGGCCCAUAAAGCUCUCAAGGGUCAGGCAGUGUAGAAAGAUCAUCUCCGCGAGAGUUAAGCUUCAUCACUGCACCCUGAUUUUGCUGACAACGACACAACUACUGUAUAAGAGGUUGAUUUGAAAUGCCUUGGUCACGUUCAGUCAUAUGGGACAAUUAAACACUUGAAAGUUUGUGGAAUUUUAAAAAAGAGGGACUUUAAAGGUUUUUGAAAACAAAUGGCCUUCAGUGUAGGGAAUCCAAUUAAUUACUAUUUUUAUUGUUGAAAAAUCUAUCAGUUAAUUAAUUAAUUAUCAGUCUAUAAUCUUUUUUUUUUUUUAAAGUCCAAUUAGCAGAGCCCGAAGUAAUGUUUUUAGUUUUUGUGUAAUGUCCAAACAACACAAAGGUAUUCAACUGCAAACAAUGAGACACUUUAAUGCUGUAACUGUAGGAAAUUAACUCAAAAUCAGUUAUCCGAUUGGCCAUCGAUGCAUUUUCUUUCGAUAAACAAAUUACAUGAUUGACUUAUUAGUUCAGCAUUAUUUGAAAUUAUUAAAAAAAGACUUAAAAGCAUCCCGAUAACACACAUCCUCAUUUAUCAUUUUUCCUCAGUUGUCUGGACUGCUCUCAUUUAUGGUGAUCAGCAGUGUUGAUAGAAACGUGUGUUGAUAAAGCAGCAGUUUUUAAAAUAAAUGGCUUCAGGCAAACUAGUAGCUUACUGGGCUGAGGUGGAUGUGUACCAUGUAAUUAUGCUGGGUUUAAUGCAGCCCCCCAGACCUUUGCAGCAUCUAAUUUCCUUUUACAACUCUUUUGACCAUCAAAAAAUAAAUAAAAUAAACCCAAAAAACCUAUAUUUCUUAAUGAUUUUACCAUAAUAAGAAAAUUCCAAGUAACAAACAAGGCCUCUAAGUGGUUGCGAAAGCCAUGUCUUAAUCAUACGUAAUGAGAGUCAAUUUCAUUAAUAUGAAUUUCUAGGUAUCCGAGAAGUCUCAACGUCAUGUCAUGUCAUGCUAGCGUAUGGUAAGCAUAAGCAGGAUGUCUUUAUUUGCCAGUGUCAACAGGCAAAACCCUGUUCUACUAAAUCUAAACUUAUCCAUUUGUCCUAGUCCAUGUCUUUGCAAGUUUGUAAAUGAAGCAGAAUAAAGUCAAUGUUUUUUUUUUGUAAAUCAUUUUUCCAUCCACUGCCUGUGCUAUGUUGGAAGAAAACAAAAAACGAAGAAACUAAUUAACUUAUCAUUGUUAACUCUGACAGUUAACCACUGUUGAGGAACUGUAUUUGUUUUCAGGAUGUUGCCUAAUGUUUCCAGUGCAAAUGCUGUGUAAAGUGUUUUAAAAAAAUAUAUAUUUAUGUAUAAUACUAAAUGUGUUGGAGAAAAUACAACAUUGAUCUCUUAACCAAAGUUUGUCCUUUGCUGUGCCUGCCAGUCCAACCAGGGAAUACCAGUACAAAUAUACAUAUCUGCAUACGUCUCUGUCUUAAAUACCACUUUAUUGCAGGUUUCAGGAGGCACACCAACGCUAUAACAGUGAGUUAAAGGGCAUUUGGAGGGGAUUGUGUUGUAACUCAAUCCAGUCUGCGCUGUGCUGCAGACUGUCCAAGCUAGCCCCGGUCUGAAAGCAGCUUUGUUC